CGUUGUCGCAAUGCCGCCGGCGAUAACGUUUUGUCUACUGAUAUUGACGUUGACAGCGGCGAAGAAUACAAUAGACAUGUACAAAAGAAGCUACACAACGGAGAGUGAAAAUUUGAGGAUUAUUUUAAAUUACAUUCGCAGCAAACAGGAAUAUUAUCCAAUGAUAUUUGCCCUCGUUUCUUCCGACGCUCAGUCUAAGUUCACGGAUUUCCUAUCAAAAUAUAUGGCGAGCGAAUCGAUCGUGAGUUACAAAAUCACGACGAGCGACUUCUCGCAAAAGUACACAUGGCAGAAUCGUGUUGAUCUCACCUGGAUUUUCAUCGUCGAUAGUAUUGACAUUCUGAACUCUCUCGUGUACGAGCAAAGCCAUAUCUGGAAGGCCACUAAUCAAUAUCUAGCAAUCAUCGCUACGCCGAACGCGGCAAUUUCGCCGCGGGAGAUUUUUCAGACGAUCUGGAGGAACUACAAUGUCCACAGGAUCAUCGUAAUCUCGAUACGAGAUGACUUUCGAUGUCUCAGCAGAUAUUUGCCGUUCGAUAAGAAUCAACGCGACGAAUACGGCAUCGUGCGCAAGAUCUGCUUAAUGAAUCAGGAGAGCAACGUCGAGCUCUACGACAAUUUGAGAAACCUAAACGGGUAUCCUAUAAAAGUGAUCGUGUUCCAGUCGCUGAUGAUGGACGUCGCGUUGGACGAGAGCACGGGGAAGUACAGAUAUGACAAGCUGGACGCGCGGGCGAUGUCACUGCUGGAGAAGACGAUGAGCGCCGAAUUUCGCAUCAACGUGCUCACCAACUUCACUCACAACGCCGAUCCCUUUCACAACUCUCUCAGGUACAUCGAAAACGGCGAGUCGGAGAUGAUCAUCACCAGCUUCUUCAUUCAUAAAUACGAGUACAGGAAGUACGAGUUCACGGCGAGUGUCUACGAGGACAAGCUCUGCCUGAUCGCGCCCACCACGGGCUUCGUGCCGAAGUCGUACAUGCCGAUAAUGCCAUUCGCGGUUGACCUGUGGCUGGCCCUCGCGGUGUACAACGUUCUCAUGUCGAUUCUGUGGUUCCUCGUCAAGUACUACAGCGAAUCGUUCCGCCAGCAGGAGGCGAUUCUUCUUCCCCUGAUGAGAACGCCGGUUCUCGCACAACGAACGGACUCAUCACCCAGGACGCAUCCUCACGUCUCGUCGUGCUUCCACCUCGUCGAGACUUCCUGUUACCCGUUGCAAGAGGACGGCGGCAGCGGCACGACCGCUCAGAGAGUUCUUUUAUUUGGCACACUCUUCUUCGGGCUCAUCAUUAUCAAUCUCUAUCAGAGCAUUCUCGUGUCCACUCUGAGCGAUCCGCCUCAUUACCCCGAGCUGGACACCCUGGAAGACGUCGCCAACUCGAACUUCACAAUUAUCACCAAGUAUCGGAACUUGAGGGAGCACACGUUCAAGGGGAACAGCACUCUGGACAACAAGCUGCACAGCAAGUGCGAGGUGAUCGUGUCGAAGAGACCGACGAACGACAUGGUGGCAUUCGGCCCUGAGAAGGUGAUCGCCAUCAGCCGUUACGCCUCAUUCAUGCUGGACAACAUGAGCAGCUAUUAUGAUGCGGACGGCAACGAUCUGCUUCACAUCAUUGACGAGUGUCCGACUACCUAUCUAUUGUCCUACGUGAUGAGACUCUAUUCACCGUAUCGUGAGAGGAUCGACUGGUUGCUGCUGCGGAUGCAAGAAGCCGGCCUCGUGAAAAUGUGGUACGACGACAUGGUGUAUCCGAUGCACGUGGCCGAGCAAAAGAGGAAGAUGGACAAAAGCGAGAGGAGGAUCAAACUUACGAUGGAGCAUUACUCCCUCACGUUCGCCGGACUUUCCAUCGGCUUACUUUCUUGCUCCAUCAUAUUCCUCGCGGAGCUUUAUUUCGCUAAGAGAUCCCAAUCUCGCCGCUGAGAGCGUAAGAAGCCGGAACAAUGGAAGAAGAUCGUUUCCUCUCGCAUUACGGACGCGUAAACAUUUCAGUGCGAGUCAGAGGCUUGCAAAAUCAAUCAUUCGCUUUAUUCGAGUUUGUCAUCGUGAAAUUUCUUGCGAAUUAAUUACAGUAGACUUGAUAUCUAAUAAAUCGGCAAUAUCGUCGCGUGACAAUAUUGGACUUAGCAAUAUUAUAAUCUCGAUCAACACAGCUGUUUCGC